AUGAGCUCCCGCAGCAACCACAGUGGUAGCCUAGGCUCUGGCUACGGUGGCCUGGGAUGUGGCUAUGGAUGUGGCCAUGGUGGCUGUGUAUACACCUGCUAUCGCCCAUACUGCUAUGGAAGAUACUGGUCUUCUGGCUUCUUCUGA